AUGAAAGAUAAAGCUGUGUCAGACAACAGUGUUCCUCGAAUAAAGCAUGAUGUUUUUGUUAGCUUCAGGAGUGAGGACAUCCGUCGUGGGUUUCUUACUCAUUUGACAAACACUUUUCAGGAAAAGAAAAUAAAAGCCUUUGUAGAUGGUCAAACUCUUAAAGGAGAAGCCAUUUGGCCUUCAAUUGUUGGUGCAAUUGAAGCAUCAUCCAUUUCAGUUAUCAUAUUCUCACCAGGCUAUGUUUCUUCUGAGUGGUGUCUAGAAGAACUUGCAAAAAUAUUUGAAUGCAGAGUGAAAUACGGACAUACUAUUAUCCCUGUUUUCUACCAUGUAGAGCAGGCAGAUAUACUAUAUCGUUCUGGCAGAUACAGAAGAAGUCCAUUUGCUAAAGAUGACAGUAAACAUGAGUCCAAAUUGCAAAGUUGGAGAUCUGCUUUGGAAAAAUCUGCACAAUUAUCAGGAAUUGAGUCAUCAAAGAUUCGAGACGAUGAUAAGUUGGUUAAGGAAAUUGUCAAUCAUGUGCUGACGAGGUUGAGAAUGGUUAACUCAAAAGGGCAAGUAGGAAUUGACAAAAAGAUUGAAGAAGUAGUAUCAUGGAUAAAAGAAAAUCCAAAACAGACUCGUCUUAUUGGAAUAUGGGGGAAGGGAGGUGUUGGCAAGACAACUCUUGUAGAAGAAGUGUAUAACAAACUACAAUCUCAAUAUGAAGGUUGUUAUUUCUUAGCCCACGUAACAGAAGAGUUAAGCAGACAUGGAAUACUUUCAUUGAAGGAAAAUUGUUUUUCUAAACUCCUGGGAUAUGAUGUGAAAAUUGUCUCGCCAAAUUCGUUGCCCAAAGAUAUUGUUAGGAGAAUUGAAAGUAUGAAGGUUCUAAUUGUUCUUGAUGAUGUUAAUGAUUCUGAACACCUAGAAAAGUGGUUGGAAAUUCUAGGUAAUUUUGGAUCAGGCAGCAGAAUAAUUGUAACUACUAGACAUUUGGAAGUGCUUGAAGCCAACAAAGCUGACAAGAAAUACCAGCUUGGAGAAUUAAGUUCUGAUGAAGCACUUACACUUUUCAAUUUGAAUGCCUAUAACCAGAGUGAUUAUAGAAGGGAGUACAAUAGGCUAUCAGAAUGUGUGGUCCUUUAUGCUAAAGGUAUUCCAUUGGUGAUUAAAGUUUUGGCUGGUCAUCUGCGUGGAAAGAAAAAGGAAGAAUGGCAACGUGAGUUAGAUAAGCUUGAAAAAAUGCCUCAGAGGAAAGUUUAUGAUGUAAUGAAACUAAGUUAUGAUGGUCUAGAGCACAAACAGAAACAAAUGUUUCUAGACCUUGCAUGUUUCUUUCUGAGAACACAUGAACGAGUAAAUGUUGGCUAUCUGAAAUCUUUAUUGAAAGAUGAUGAAAGUGAUAACUCAAUUGAUUUUGAGUUAGGAAGGAUGAAAGACAAAGCUCUUAUAACUUUCUCAGAGGAUAAUAACUUUGUAUCAAUGCACGAUAAUUUACAACAAAUGGCUUGGGAAAUUGUUCGCCAAGAGUCUAUUGAAGAUCCUGGAAAACGCAUUCGGUUCUGGAAUCCUAGUGAAACAUAUGAAGCAUUGAAAAAUGUCAAGGGUAUUGAUUCCAUUAGAAGCAUAGUACUUCACUGGCCAGCAAUUAAGAAGGAAAGGUUAAGGCCUCAUAUAUUUGCAAAGAUGAGCAGACUGCAAUUUCUGGAAAUUGAUGACUUAUAUCAUUAUAAUUCUGUCAAACCAUUUGAUAUUCAUGGUGCUAACACCUGCUGGCCCAAAUGGAAAAAGGCUCGGAUUGCUGAUAUUCUUGCUGAAGGACUUCAUUUUUUGGCUACUGAGCUGAGAUUUCUUUGUUGGUAUCACUGUCCUCUAGAGUCCCUGCCAGAGAAUUUUUCUGCAGAAAAACUUGUAAUCUUGAGAUUGCCACACAGCAGAAUGGAAAAACUCUGGCUUGGAGUUAAGAAUCUGGUGAAUUUAAAAGAACUUGACCUUUCUAAAUCCAAGAAGUUAAAGGGGUUGCCAGAUUUAUCAAAAGCCAUAAAUCUUGAAGUGCUGAUUCUCAGGAGUUGUUCCAUGUUGACUAGUGUUCACCCAUCUAUUUUCUCUCUGCCUAAACUUGAGAAGUUGGACCUUGAGAGAUGCGAGUCCCUUACAAUACUUGCAAGCUGUUCCAAUUUACAUAGCCUCAGUCAUCUCCACCUUGAUUUUUGUGAGAAUCUAAUGAAAUUCUCACUGAUUUCAGACAAUAUGAAAGAACUCAGAUUGAGAUGUUCAAAGAUCAAAGCACUUCCUCCAUCAUUUGGACAUCAAAGGAAGCUCGAAUUGCUUCAUCUGGAAGAAAGUGGCAUCGAGAGAUUACCUUCUCUGAAAAAUCUCACUCAACUUCUACAUCUAGAUUUAAGCUUUUGUGAUAAGCUUCAAACAAUAGCUGAGCUUCCACCGUUCCUUGAGAAUCUGAAUGUCCAAUAUUGCACUUUACUUCAAACUAUACCAAAGCUUCCCUCAUCCCUUAAAACGCUAAAUACUGAAGCAUGUACUUCACUUGAGACUCUACCAGAGCUUCCUCCAUCCAUUGAAAUCCUUAAUGUUGAAUCAUGCUCUUCACUUGGGACAAUACCAGAGCUUCCUCCAUGUCUUCAAACUUUAAACGUCCAAUGUUGCCAUUUACUUCGAACUAUACCAAAGCUUCCCACAUGCCUUAAAACUCUACACACCAAAAACUGCACUUCCCUUCAGAAUCUACCACAACUUCCCCCAUUCCUUGAAACUCUAAAUGCUACAUACUGCAAAUCAUUGAAACGUGUUUUGUUUCUAACAGCAAAAGAUGAAAAACUAAAGGAAAACAUGAAAAUGCUGCUUUUCUGGAAUUGCUCAAACUUGGAUAAACAUUCUCUGGUAGCUAUACGGUUGAAUAUGAAAAUCAACAUGAUGAAAUUUGUUGCAAACCAUAUAUCUGCACCGGAUCACAGUCAUGUUGAAGAUUACAGUGAUUAUGAAUAUAAUUAUCAUUCUUAUCAGGCUGUGUACGCGUAUCCAGGAAGCAAUUUUCCAGAGUGGUUGGAGUAUAAGACAACAGAAGAUUAUAUAAUAAUUGGUCUCCCUUCUAGCAUGAGUUCCUCCCUGGCUGGCUUCGUUUUCUGCUUUGUCCUUGGUGAGUUUCAACACACAGACAUAAUCAGAAGAGUUGAAUUCAAGAUCACUGUAAGUGACGGUGGUGGUAAGGAUGAAGGUGAAAGGGAGAGUGUAAGAAUGUACAUGGAUUAUUGGGAUGACACAAUUGAAUCGGAUAACAUAUGUGUGAUGUACGACCAAAGAUGUUCCCACUUCCUACUUAGCAGACCCAGAAGACUAACAAGCUUUAAAAUCCAGAUUACAAUGGAAGCACGAAUCUCCUUUGAUGAAUCUUUCUAUGUACCGUUGCAGAAGGUUUUAAAAGGUUUUGGAGUCAGUCCAAUUUCGUUCGACAAAUUGCAAAGCUCAAAUUAUAAGUUUCGUUAA